AUGGUGCUGUUCUACGACCUCUCCGCCAACCACAGCCACUCCACCGCAGCUCAGAUCCUGCACGGCACCAGCAGCACUACCACCACCAAUGCAAUGACCCAGGAAAGGCUCAACAGGGAGCACCCGCUGUCGCGGCUGCUGGCGGCGUACCCGAUUCUGGCGGGGAUGGCCCAGUGGCUGGACCACACGGAUCUCGAGAGCCUGAGCGGGGCGUGCUGGCAGUUCCGCGAGAACAUGGGGCAGCACCGCAGUGGGCUGCUGCGGAUGAGCUUGAGGAGGUGUGGGACGCCGUAUUGUAGGAACUGCAUCCACAAGCCCUCAACGACAACACUAAACUGCCGCUCCGUGCCCCUCUGCGGCCCCUGCGGCUCCCUCCCGCCGCACCCCACCACCCCCGCGCGCUGCACCUGCGACAGCACAACAUGGAUCUGCAAGGACUGCAUCACCUACACGUACGCCGGCGGCGGCAGCAGCCGCAUCCCCUUCGACGUCAACUGGUACUUUGGCGGCCCCCUCUGCCUGCUGUGCCACGAGAAGCCCACGGAGAAGCUGUAUCGGUUGCACCCGGUUGAGAAAUGGGUAAGGACGAUAUGUACGUGGUGCAACGGGAUGGUGUGGAGCAAAAAGGACAUCAAGGACAUGGAAGACAUGCCGACGGCGGCGGCGGCGCUGGGGGCCUCCUCCUCCUCCUCCUCUACGGCCGCCAGUACUGCUGUAGUGGCGACGCCGCCACCGCCGCCGCCCACGGGCGAAGAAGAAGAGGAGGAUGGCAGAUAUACUUUUCACUCGUCCUCGUGUAUGGGAUAG